UUAGAGGCCAAAUAUUAAUCCUGAUGAUCAUUUGUGCGUUUUCCUGCGUAAUAAUCCGUCGUUGGUUUCUGAAUUUAGCAUUAUACUUGAUGGCACCAAACACACCUUUCAUUCUGUCUUCAGGUAAAGAAACAGGGGUUAGUGAGCCACAUCACAAACAGGUUCAUUCAAUAUUCGUGUCAUGGCGUCUGUUGCCAGGCUGACGUCACUCUGCAUCACCGAUAAAUAGUGAUGCUGUUAAAGAAAAAAAAAAUAGGACAACAGUCUGUGGUGAACAAACAGAGGAGACUGCUUCAGCUCAGCACCAGCUCCAGGAUGAUGGAAAUGCAGCAUCGCUCUCUGCGUGGACAGUGAGGAGACUUCCUGGUCUCCAUCUACCUCCCCCUAUCCUCUCUCCUGUCUCUCUGAUCUGUGUCCUCCUCUUCUUGCUCCUCUUCCUCCUCCUCUCUCACUGGUGUCUCUGAAGAAGCAGCAGCAGGAGCUGAAAUCAUGGAUGGAUUCCGACUGCCGCCUGUUAUAGAGGAGGUGCUGGACCCAUACGAUGAGCUGUGUGAGCUAAAGGACAAGGACGAAGAGAAGCCGCGAGAUAAAGAAAAAUGCCAGCAGCAGGACGAGGAAAAGGAGGUGAAGGAGGAAAAGGUGAAGAAGGUGGAGGAGGAUGAGGAGGACAAAGAGCAGGAGACAAAUGAAGGGCAAGAUGAGGAGGAAGAUGGAGAAAGAGAAGCGUGGGAGGAGGAGCAGGAGGUGGAGGAGCUGAGAGCUCAGGUGAUGCAUCUGCUGAUGGAGCUGGAGGAGACCAGGGAGGUUUCUCAGAGACACGAGGACAGUUUCACUGAGAUGCAGGGUCAGUGUUGUCGUCUUGGUGUCUCUUGUCGGUUCUUUUGGUUUUAACUAGUAGUUCAAGCUCAAGAUUA